ACUUCCGCCCAGGUGAGGGAGGGCCGACGUCGAGCCCGCCCGCCCGCUCGCUCGCUCCCGAGCCUCCGCCGGACCAGGUUUCUUUAAAAGGAAUUGAAGACAGUCUUUCAAAAUGCCUGAAAAUCCUGGUCCAGAUAAACUGCAGGUCCUACAAGUUCUUGAUCGCCUAAAAAUGAAACUGCAGGAGAAGGGGGACACAUCGCAGAAUGAGAAGCUCUCUCUGUUUUAUGAGACACUAAGGAGCCCUCUCUUCAAUCAGAUACUCACGCUUCAGCAGUCCAUCAAGCAACUGAAAGGGCAACUCAGCCACAUACCCUCAGAUUGUUUGGCCAACUUUGAUUUUUCUAGGAAAGGUCUUUUAGUGUUUACAGAUGGUGCCAUUACUCAUGGGAAUGCCCAAAGACCCUCCAAUAAUUUGACUGUCUCUGGGUUAUUUCCUUGGACUCCUAAGUCAAGGAAUGAAGACUUCAACUCAGUCAUUCAACAGAUGGCGCAGGGCCGGCAAAUUGAAUAUAUCAAUAUAGAACGGCCUUCAUCCGGAGGCCUUGGAUUCAGUGUGGUGGCCCUGAGAAGUCAAAAUCUGGGAGAAGUUGAUAUCUUGGUGAAGGAAGUGCAGCCAGGGAGUAUAGCAGACAGGGAUCAAAGAUUAAGGGAAAAUGACCAAAUAUUGGCUAUUAAUCACACACCACUGGAUCAGAACAUUUCCCAUCAGCAAGCAAUUGCGUUACUACAACAAACCACUGGAUCUUUGCAUCUGGUUGUGGCCAGGGAACCCGUCCACAGAAAAAGCAGUACUUCUACCAGCCUAACUGAUACCACUCUGCCUGAAACAGUUCAUUGGGGCCAUAUUGAAGAUGUUGAGCUCAUUAACGAUGGCUCUGGAUUAGGUUUUGGAAUAGUUGGAGGAAAAUCAAGUGGUGUGGUUGUGAGGACGAUCGUUCCUGGAGGAUUAGCAGAUCGAGAUGGAAGACUCCAGACAGGGGACCACAUCUUGAAGAUUGGUGGCACAGAUGUGCAGGGAAUGACCAGCGAGCAAGUUGCACAAGUGCUAAGGAACUGUGGAAACUCAGUCCGGAUGCUUGUUGCAAGAGACCCAGUUGGUGCAAUUUCUGUAACCCCUCCCACCCCUGCAGCCUUACCUGUUGCCCUGCCUGCUGUAGCUCACAGGAGCCCUAGUGCUGACAGUUCUCUUUUUGAAACUUAUGAUGUUGAACUCAUUAAAAAAGAUGGACAGAGUCUUGGGAUUAGAAUUGUUGGCUAUAUUGGAACUGCUCAUACGGGGGAGGCUUCAGGGAUUUAUGUGAAAAGUAUAAUACCUGGCAGUGCUGCUUACCACAACGGCCAAAUUCAAGUGAAUGACAAAAUAGUUGCUGUCGAUGGUGUGAAUAUUCAGGGUUUUGCCAACCAGGAUGUUGUUGAAGUAUUACGAAAUGCAGGGCAAGUGGUACACCUAACCCUAGUUCGAAGGAAGACAUCUUCAUCUGCUUCUCCACUCGAAUGGCCUUCAGACACAGGAACUGCUGUAGAACCAUCGGAAACACCAGCCCGCUACCUAACUGGAGCCGUGGAAACUGAAACUGAUUUGGAUGGCGGGGAUGAGGAAACUGAAGAAAGAAUGGAUAUUCUGAAAAAUGACAACAUACAAGCCUUAGAAAAAUUAGAAAAGGUCCCAGACUCUACAGAAAAUGAGCUGAAAUCUAGAUGGGAAAACCUCUUGGGCCCGGAUUAUGAAGUAAUGGUGGCUACUUUGGAUACGCAGAUUGCAGAUGAUGCCGAGUUACAGAAAUAUUCAAAGCUGCUGCCGAUUCAUACUCUGAGGCUUGGCAUGGAAGUGGAUUCCUUUGAUGGGCACCAUUAUAUCUCUUCAGUUGCUCCAGGUGGUCCUGUUGAUACACUGAACCUCCUGCAGCCAGAGGAUGAGCUUCUUGAGGUCAAUGGCGUACAACUCUAUGGGAAAUCUCGCCGAGAAGCAGUCUCUUUUCUCAAAGAGGUGCCUCCUCCCUUUACCUUGGUUUGCUGUCGACGAUUAUUUGAUGAUGAAGCUUCUGUGGAUGAACCAAGGAACACUGAAGCCCCUCUUCCCAAAAUGGAGGCUGACCACAGUAUAGGCGUUAAUACUGAAGAUGAUGAUGAUGAUGGGGAAUUAGCACUAUGGUCUCCUGAAGUCAAGAUUGUUGAACUAGUAAAGGAUCAUAAAGGCUUGGGAUUCAGCAUCUUGGAUUACCAGGACCCUUUAGAUCCCACAAGAUCAGUGAUUGUGAUCCGUUCCCUGGUGGCAGAUGGUGUCGCAGAAAGAGGGGGAGAGCUGUUACCUGGAGACCGCCUGGUCUCAGUUAAUGAACACUGUUUGGAAAACACCACACUUGCUGAAGCUGUAGAAGUGUUGAAAGCUGUGCCACCAGGCAUCGUACGCCUUGGCAUCUGUAAACCUUUGGAAGAUGAUAAAGAGGAAGAAAGUCAUUAUAUUUUACAUUCAAACAAUAAUGAAGACAAGACUGAACUUUCAGGAACAAUUCAUGAUAUAAAUUCAUCUUUAAUACUUGAAGCACCCAAGGAAUUUAGAGAUGAACCCUAUUAUAAAGAGGAGCUGGUAGAUGAGCCGUUUCUCGAUUUGGGAAAGGCUUUUCAGUCCCAACAGAAAGCGAUAGACAACAGCAAGGAGGCCUGGGAGAUGCAUGAAUUUCUGACUCCUAGAUUGCAGGAAAUGGGGGAAGAAAGAGAGAUGCUUGUUGAUGAAGAAUAUGAGCUAUAUCGAGAUCACUUUCCAUCCAUGGAUUUGUAUCCCUCAUCACACCUUCAAGAGGCUGCUCCUGUUCCCUCUGUGAAGGAACUUCACUUUGGCACUCAGUGGUUACAGGACAGCGAACCAUCUGAGCUUCAAGAAGCAAGAUCCAUGAGGAGUAUGUAUUCCCAGGAGACACAGCAGUACAGCUGUAGCGCUGAAAACAUGAUGAAAGAAAAUUUUGGCAUCGGUUCCACACCCUCCAUACCCUCAUCUGAAGGAGACAGUCAACAAAGCAGAUUUGAUGAUCUGGAAAAUCUUAAUUCAUUAACAGAAAGCAGUCUGGAUUUAGGCAUGAUGAUUCCAAACGAUAUCCAAGGCCCUGGCUUGCUUGUUGAACUCCCUGCUGUGGCUCAAAGAAUGGAGCGAGAUUUGCCCUUAUACCAACUCCCCAGGACCCGAGUUGUUUCCAAGGCCUCGGCAUACACAGGAACAUCAUCUAGAUAUACCACUGAAGCAUGUGAAUUACCUGAGAGAGAAGAAGGUGAAGGAGAAGAAACUCCAAACUUCAGCCACUGGGGUCCACCAAGAAUUGUUGAGAUAUUUAGGGAACCCAAUGUGUCUCUUGGUAUUAGUAUUGUUGGUGGACAAACUGUUAUAAAACGCCUGAAGAAUGGAGAGGAACUUAAAGGUAUAUUUAUCAAACAAGUUUUAGAAGACAGUCCAGCAGGAAAAACAAAUGCUCUUAAAACAGGAGAUAAAAUACUUGAGGUGUCUGGAGUAGAUUUGCAGAAUGCCUCGCACAGAGAAGCAGUGGAGGCCAUUAAGAAUGCGGGAAAUCCUGUGGUGUUCGUUGUUCAGAGCUUGUCAUCCACUCCAAGAGUCAUUCCUAGUGUGCAUAACAAGGCUAACAAAAUCACUAAUAACCAGGACCAAAACACUGAAGAAAAAAAAGAAAAGAGACAAGGAACAGCUCCACCUCCAAUGAAACUUCCACCUCCUUAUAAAGCUCCAUCUGAGGACAGUGACGAAAGUGAAGAAGAAUAUGCAUUUACCAACAAAAAAAUCAGGCAAAGAUAUGCAGACCUGCCUGGAGAAUUGCACAUUAUUGAGCUUGAAAAGGAUAAGAAUGGACUUGGACUCAGCCUUGCUGGUAAUAAAGACCGGUCGCGCUUGAGCAUAUUUGUGGUGGGAAUUAACCCAGAAGGACCUGCUGCCACGGAUGGGCGAAUGCGUAUUGGAGAUGAACUGUUGGAGAUAAACAACCAGAUCCUGUAUGGAAGAAGUCACCAAAAUGCAUCUGCCAUUAUUAAGACCGCCCCGUCAAAGGUCAAGCUGGUUUUCAUCAGAAAUGAAGAUGCAGUCAAUCAGAUGGCUGUUACCCCCUUUCCGGUACCGUCAAGCUCCCCGUCUUCUGUUGAGGAUCAGAGUGGUACUGAACCUGUUAGCAGUGAGGAAGAUGGCAGUCUCGAAGUUGGUAUUAAACAGUUGCCUGAAAAUGAAAGCUCCAAACUGGCUGUCAGCCAGAUGAAACAGCAAAAAUAUUCAACAAAAGUCUCCUUCAGUUCACAAGAGAUACCUUUAGCACCAGCUCCAUCGUACCAUUCUACGGAUGUGGAUUUCACAAGCUAUGGUGGUUUCCAGGCCCCUCUGUCAGUGGACCCAGCCACGUGUCCCAUUGUUCCUGGCCAGGAAAUGAUUAUAGAAAUAUCCAAGGGACGUUCAGGUCUUGGUCUCAGCAUUGUGGGAGGAAAAGACACACCUUUGGAUGCUAUAGUUAUACAUGAAGUCUACGAAGAAGGAGCGGCAGCCAGAGAUGGAAGACUUUGGGCCGGUGACCAGAUAUUAGAGGUUAAUGGGAUUGACCUGAGGAGCGCCAGCCACGAAGAAGCCAUCACAGCCCUGAGGCAGACCCCCCAGAAGGUGCGACUUGUGGUGUAUAGAGAUGAGGCACACUACAGGGAUGAGGAGAACUUGGAGGUUUUCCCCGUGGAUCUGCAGAAAAAGGCCGGCCGAGGACUGGGUCUGAGCAUUGUUGGGAAACGAAACGGAAGUGGAGUGUUUAUUUCUGACGUCGUGAAAGGUGGAGCUGCAGACCUUGAUAGGAGAUUGAUUCAGGGAGAUCAGAUCUUAUCUGUGAAUGGGGAGGACAUGAGAAAUGCUUCACAAGAGACAGUGGCCACUGUCCUCAAGUGUGCACAGGGGCUGGUGCAGCUAGAGAUUGGAAGACUCCGAGCUGGUUCCUGGACCUCCUCGAGGAAGACCUCACAGAAUAGUCAGGGAAGCCAGCACAGCGCACACAGCAACUUCCAUCCCUCCCUGGCUCCUGUCAUCACCAGCCUGCAAAACCUGGUCGGCGCAAAAAGAGCUACAGAUCCUUACCCCAAAAGUUCAGGCACAGAUAUGGGACCAAGGACCGUUGAGAUCAUCAGGGAGCUCAGUGAUGCCCUUGGAAUCAGUAUCGCCGGAGGAAAAGGAAGUCCCUUAGGAGAUAUCCCAAUAUUUAUUGCCAUGAUUCAGGCCAGUGGUGUGGCUGCACGUACACAGAAGCUUAAGGUUGGAGAUCGGAUUGUCAGCAUUAAUGGGCAACCUUUGGAUGGGCUGUCUCAUGCGGAUGUGGUUAAUCUGCUAAAGAACGCCUACGGGCGCAUUAUCCUGCAGGUUGUAGCAGAUACCAAUAUAAGCGCCAUAGCAACUCAGCUUGAAAACAUGUCUACAAGCUACCACCUUGGUUCUCCCACUGCUGAACACCACCCAGAAGACACAGAGGAGCAGCUGCAGAUGAUGGCCAGUUGAAGCGAGGCGAUCAGAUUUUAGCUGUCAAUGGCGAGACGCUGGAAGGUGUUACUCAUGAGCAAGCAGUGGCCGUUCUAAAACGCCAGAAAGGGACUGUAAUCUUAACUGUGCUGUCAUGAGCCCCAGGUCCUAAUCACAAGAUAGAUGGUGUAGAGUAUCCGUAGGAAGAUGAAGCCCUGAGAGAGGAUGAAAAGCAGCCUCCACUAGAAUCCACCUUCAUUGACCCCCUCACCCACUUUGCCCAGGAGAGUUGGCAAGAUUUCA